UCGUAUAAGUUAACACUGUCAUUAGUAAAAGCUUCCACUGGACAGUGUGAAUCAAAACAUUAAGAAAAUAAGGUUACGGCUACCUUUUCUUUUUCUAGACCCGAGUCAUCUGUGCUAUUUGGUCGAUAUUUAAAUUUGCAUGCUAAUGCACAUAUGCAUUUGUUAUUUUUAACAUAAAAAAUGUAUUUCCAGCUAUAGGUCGAUUAAUCCUAUACGAACAAAGAAACAUUUGUAGAUAUAUUCUGUGAAGAAUUUUUGACAGCGUAAAAACUGUUGGAAGGAAAGUUCAGAGAUAGAGCAAAAAAAUAACCAUUUACCACACCACACAACACAGACCGAAAAAAAAAUAUAAUUGAAAAACCUCAAGACUGAGAGAGAAAUUUGGAAUUAUAUUUCAUGUUAUUUAAUGCAAAUCAAGUGACAAAUAUAAACAACGGCGGUCUUGACAUCACACUGAUUUUGAGAUAAACUAGGCCUAUUAUAUCUCCUGAAGGCCAAAGGUAGGCAUACAUUUAAUCACAAAGUACAAUUGUGUUUAAAUUGCUAUUGUUGAAUAAUUUAAAUGUUAUGGGAUCGUGGUUGGAUUUAUCUCUAUAUUUAAAUAAGAGGUUUUUUUUUCCUUUUUUCCUUUUUUAUUAUUAACCCGUAACUUAACACUAAUUAUAAAGCUUAUAUAGGCCUGGCUAUAUGUAACUUUAAAUUUAUUCUACAAAACGGAAAUCCAUUUCCACUCCAUAAUGUGUUUCUGAAAAGCAGAUUGAAACCCGCCACUCGUUUUGAACUUGAGUAAAUAAGUUGUUUAGAUCCACCGCGUGCAUGAAAACCAGAAGAUCAGUCUGUAACUCACUGUUUAUGUGCUCAAAGGGCUGUUGGGGCAAUUACAGUGUAUCAUAAAGGUUUACUAUUUUAGCGCUUGAUCUCCUUUUCGAUACCUUGUUGCUUUUGGGUUUUAUAAGCUACGUGGCUCACAAGGCCUCGCGGUAUUAUGUCAGUAUCAACAAAGUCAGUGGUCGUUAACAUAAUGCUGUUCCCGUUCAAUUCUGUUUUUAUUCGUUUAUAUUUUCAGAAAUCACUAGUCGGACUUAUGUAGAUUUGACUUUUAAAAAAAAUGUAGCAGCUUGAAAAAGAUAUGGGACACAAGGGUUACGUGCACACAGGGGGAGGAGUCACCGGUGCUCGUUGCAAUUUAAUUGGCUCUUAGCUCACAUUGAGUUGUAUAGUUAUCAGUAAUCAUAUUCAGCAUGUUUUGCACAAGAAAUGUCAUCCAGAAAGGGCAAUCUUCUUCCACCGUCAAAUUAUACCACAAAGAUGUCAUGCUCCGAUAGUCCAUCUGGAAAUUCGUUUCUGGUAGACUCCCUGAUCCACGGAAGGGCCGAGGGAAGUGGACACUACUACCAAAACAGCGCAGUCUACUUGCAGCCGAGCUCCGAGUAUUCUUAUGGACUGUCUAACUGUGGCUAUUUCUCUGGACUCAAACGGAACGAGAGCAAUUCGCAAAAUGUAGCCCCUACGUGUGGGCCAUAUCAAGGCAUGGAAACAUGGCUGGAGACGUCGAGGUCCUGUCGCGUCGAACAGCCUAACAACCAAAUCACCCCACGGUCGUUCUCGCCCACCAUAAAAGAGGAAAACUCUUACUGCUUAUACGAGUCUGAGAAGUGUCCAAAAGAGACCAUUACAGAGGACAUAUCGUACUCCCGGCUGACACCAAACUCAUGUCCAUCUAGCAACAAUAACGGCUGUGUUCCGGUGCCUGGCUACUUCCGUCUAUCUCAGACAUGCACCACAUCCAAAGGUUUUCCAGAAAACCAGUCUGUAUCGACUCACGCUGCUGCUCAGCGCUCUACCCGAUUUGACAGCUCUCUUUCAGCCACAGGAGCAGAAGCGAGCAGGGAAGAGAGCGGCGAGCCUCCCACAUGCGCACCAUGUGUCCCGGCAAGAAACAAGGAGCUAAGGGGGUCCACUGGCACCGCUUCAUCCCCAGAACCACCGGACAGUCCGGAGAAGGCGGCCACUGCUACUAAAGCAGGAGAUUCCAAAAGUGACAAUACAGCUAACUGGCUGACGGCGAAGAGUGGCCGUAAGAAGCGUUGUCCCUACACCAAACACCAGACUCUAGAGCUGGAGAAAGAGUUCCUCUUCAACAUGUACUUGACACGAGAGCGUCGCCUCGAGAUCAGCCGCAGCGUUCACCUCACGGACAGACAGGUCAAAAUCUGGUUCCAGAACCGACGGAUGAAGCUGAAGAAGAUGAGUCGAGAAAACCGAAUCCGAGAGUUGUCGGCCAACUUCAGUUUUUCAUGAAGCCUCCUCGCUUUAUAGAUCUCUGGCGCCCUCCUCCAUCAGCUGCAGUGGAAGCCCACUUACAACAACCCGUCUCCGUAGGUGUGUGUCUGUGCACUGCAUAGAUGACUUGUGCAAGAUACUAUUGAUAACUUAUUGUGUGUCGUAUACUGUUGACGUUUUUAUCUGUUUAUGUAUAAUUUUAUUUGACAGCCAAGUCGUCAUUACAUGUCAUGGUUAUUUAUAAACUGUCAAGAAUACUGCACUGUAAAAGCAAGAGAGGAAAAUAUAAGACUGCUUAAGAUGUUCAUUGUACAUAGCAUUCAGCCUAUAUUGUACAUUUACUGUAUAUAAUGCGGUAUUUGCAUGUUGUAAUAAUAACUAUUAUGAAACCGUUUUUAAAUAAGAACUAUAUAAGUUUCUUCCUACGACCUUGUUAUGUAGGAUAUUUGCUGUUCUAGGCAUAAGUGAAAAAGUCCGGUUCUUAAAAUGCAGAAACUUAUAAACAUGACGGGACUUCCUGUAUUAUUUUGACAGCAAUCAAAGGUACCAUGUUUUUGGAAACAGAUGCCAAAGAGAUGGACUCGGAUGUAAAAUAAUUAUUACAUGGAAGAAAAUAAAUAAAGGCAUGUAUGUAAAAGUUAUAUUACUUUUAAUUACAAUUAGUACAAAACA